GUGCUAGCGGGUUCCAUGCACUACAUCUCGAUUGGUUGUUCAUGUCCGUCACUUACAAAGAAGCGACGCGAUUGGCUGAUAACUCUUCGUUAGCCCCGGUAUAGGAUGCUAUUGGUCCUUAGAGCACAAUGUCCCUCCCACAUUAAAAUGUUUUCCUGAAGUCCCGCCGAGGAGCGAGGCAAUAUUUUUAGCUGAUGCUACUCAGCUAGCUACGUCGUAACAAAUGCAAAUGAACAAGCUAGGUGUUUUUUCGGCGUUUUCCUGUAUUUUGUUAAAUACCUAGUUUGUAGUUGACAUGGCAACGUCUCUUUGUCGCGGCGGUGCGAGUUAAGGGCGUGCGGUUGGUUUGCACUGUUUGUUUUCAUCUAAGCAGUUUUGCUAGUUCGGUAUGAUUUUACCCUCAUUAACAUGGAGACAAAACGAGGGGAGAUUCCCAACGGCGUAUUGGACGACCUCUGCAGUCGCUUCAUCCUCCACAUCCCCAGUGAAGAGAGGGACAACGCCAUCCGAGUUUGCUUCCAGAUCGAACUUGCCCAUUGGUUUUACCUGGACUUCUAUGUGCAGAAUACACCAGGACUACCUCAGUGUGGGAUAAGGGACUUUGCCAAAGCUGUUUUUAAUCACUGUCCGUUCCUGCUUCCCCAAGGCGAGGAUGUUCAGAAGGUUUUAGAUCAAUGGAAAGAGUACAAAAUGGGCGUUCCUACAUAUGGUGCAAUUAUUCUGGAUGAAACCCUUGACAAUGUAUUACUGGUGCAGGGAUACCUGGCCAAAUCAGGAUGGGGCUUUCCUAAAGGGAAAGUCAACGAGGAUGAGGCGCCCCAUGAUUGUGCUGUACGAGAGGUUUUAGAGGAGACUGGUUUUGACAUAAGAGACCGCAUCUGCAAAGACACCUUCAUUGAGCAGAAAAUCACAGAUCAACUUGCACGACUGUACAUAAUCCCUGGCGUACCAAAGGAAACAAAAUUUAACCCCAAAACCAGGAAAGAAAUAAGGAACAUUGAAUGGUUUUCUAUUGACAAACUGCCAUGUCAUAGAAAUGACAUGACCCCCAAAUCCAAGCUUGGCCUGGCUCCUAACAAGUUUUUUAUGGCAAUACCAUUUAUGAGGCAGCUCAGAGAAUGGAUAGCCAAGAAUAAACUGGAAUCAACGAGCAGUGAUGAGGACUUUUUAUCCAAUGGCAGCACUCCAUGCAAACCUUUUCGAUCGAAGCCCAGGCGCUCACAGAUUGCAACGGAGGCAUCUCCAGGUGAAGGCUGGACAAAGCACAAGCAGCAGAAAGCUUUUGGUCAGUCUGGUCAAUAUGAGCUUGCAGACUUUCUCAGAGUCAAGAACCAUAAUGUGAAAUGCAAUGGAAGGAAGCACCAGGAUUCCCCUAAUGUAAAGAAAAGAAUGAAUGAGAGAGAAGAAAAGAAGCUUCAGCCCAGAAGACUGCAAGACAACUUUGAAGCAGUGCAUGGAAAUCCCAGGAGAUCACCAGUUUUUGAAAUACUCAAACCAGCCCAACUUGCAUCAACAACCAUUCCAUGGUCUCCAGAAAGCACCAGGGUGAUGUUGGGCUAAAAUGUAAAGGGUUAAUUAUUUAGCCCACUGCUCUCCUAUGACCAAAGACGGAAAUCGGUGCAGCCAAAGGUUCAAUGUGGAUUUUAAUUUAUUAUUUAUAUAUCUGACUCCAUUUAAUUAAUUAUCUGACUCCAAAAGAUAAUCUUCUAGUUAGUGCUGGAAGUAUAAUACCUCCCGUGUUCUCAUUAUAUUUAGUCUAAAAUCGUUUCAUGCUAAACUUUCAUUAAAAUGACGUUCCUAUGUCAGAGGCUUUUAUUUUGUAGGGGUUCACUCACUGGUCCAACGACAGUAUCCAAUGAUGCGGUAGAAGGAUUCCCGCGUGUUUCUGUCUUUUCGAAGUGAUGUGAAUACAUUUAGAUUAUUAAAUUUGUCAUUCCAAUUCUGCUUGACUCUCUCUUAAAUUAAAUCUGACUCCAGUUGUAAAAACCGUAAUGUUGUAUUUGUUUCCUUGUUAUUUGUAUUUUGAUGCUUUUGAUCUUUUACAUUUGAUUAAUUCUAGUUUAUUCUAUACCUUAAGUUGUGCCCGUUCAUUGAGAUUCCAUGUCGCUCAGAGUCUCGCGCCAGUCGUGUAUGCGGAUAUCACGGUCACACACUCGCCAGUCUUGGUCAUUAGCCAGAGGUAAUUGACUAAUAUUAUUUAGAUGGCCGCCCCAUGCUUGCACUUUCCUAAAUAGUACUUUGUUUAGUCCCCUUAGAUAGUAACACUUACUUAUAGUAACGUUAUUCCUAGCCAGAGGUCAUGACAAUAAUAUCUAAGUAAAAUUAGCUUUAUAUAAUCAUGCCAUAGUUUCCUAUGUACACAUUAACUAGAAGAAUAUUACAAUAAUCAGAGGUUUAGACUUCAUCCUAUUUAGACUUGGUCGAUCAACUUUAUGUUGUCCUAAACGGAAAUUUCAUAUCGAGCCUGUACACUUAACUUAAAGCCAAGUUGUUAGCCUGGACUCUAAAAUCUCAGUUGGCGUGCCCCAAUGCCCCACCUAAACCUGGAUUUAAGCCUGUACUAACCUGGUCACAGAUUUGCGGUAACAAGGAUUUAACGUAAUCUACUAGAGACAAUAAUUUCAGAAUAUAAUCAAGUCUAAUAAUUUAUUUAACCAGGUAUGAACACAUCCAAAUCCAAUACUACUAUUAAUAAUAAGAAGAAAGAAUCGCAUUCAACAUUACAUUACAAUACAAUUCAAAACAUAAGAAAGACAAUACUUGUAUACCUGGUAUAGAAAAACUACACACAGUAAUAGUGCGGGAGAUCUGUCUACAGAUUCCCCGAAUCUUUGGCCAGCUGUCCCCUAAAUACCCAGAUGGUCUGUGGUCCACCAAAUGGUGCUGUAUGUGAUUGUAAUUUGAUGUUUGUGGGAGGAUGUACCUUAUUUACAUACAGGAGGUAAUAUGAGUGAGGGACAUUGGGAGGGUAUGACUUACCGGCAUGUAAUAUUUUUAUUUGAACUGCUGUUGAGGGAAUGAAACUGUAGUUUCCAUACUGAGACCUUUUGUAUGAUAGCAAAUAUGUAUAGUCAACAUCUUAUUCACAUUAAAACAUGUUAUGGAAUACAUAUAGAUCUUGGGUGUGAGGACAGAGGAAGAAGGAAAUGAUGUAGUGAGGAUCUCUUAGAUAGUGGGGUAGUGGUGGCUUGGCGGUUAAGGCUCUGGGUUACUGAUCAGAAGGUUGAGGUUCAAGCUCCAGCACUGCCAAGCUGCCACUGUUGGGCCCUUGAGCAAGGCCCUUAACCCUCUCUGCUCCAGAGGCGCCGUAUCAUGGGUGACCCUGUGCUCUGACCCCAGCUUGCUAACAUGCUGGGUUAUGCGAAGAACAAAGAAUUUCACUGUGCUGUAAUGUAUGCCUGACCAAUAAGGACUCAUUAUCAUUAGUCUCCACUCAACAUGAUGUACUAAUUCAGAUGGAGAUGCUAAUUCUGCAAGUAGUCCUUUGUCCUCAGAGAGUAGUUCUCUCCAGGUUCAGACAUCUCAUUACCAGCCUUACAGGAUCUUCCAGUCUCCACUCAGCAUGAUGUGCUAAUUCUGAUAGAGAUGCUAAUACAGAUGGAGAUGCUAAUUCUGUUAGAGAGUGUUUGUUCUCGUAGUAGUCCUUUGUCCUCAGAGAGUAGUUCUCUCUAAGUUCAGACAUCUUGUCACCAGCCUCACAAUUAUAUAGCCUAUAGUAAUCAAUUAUUUUUGUUAGCUCAGAGGUUUAUGUUAAUGUGCAAGCCUACGCCUUUCCUAUUUACUUGUCACAGGUUUCACUUAAACUUGCAAGCAUUAUCCUUUUACAUUAACUUGUCAGACGUUGAUUUUAACCUGUUUACUUCAACUUUUAUUUAUUUCUAUAGCACAUUUAAAAACACUUUGUUGCCCAAAGUGCUUCACAAUUAUUUUAGAAGAGGAGUGUAUAAAAAGUAAAUAAUAAAAGAUAAAGAGCAAUAUAAUAAAAAAUAACAAUUAACAUGCCUACACGCAAAUAGCCAAUAACGUUAUCGUGCCUACACACACAGACAAGUACUCAAAAUCUCCUUCCUUCAAAAGCUAGGUUAAAAAGUUACGUUUUCAACUGAGACCUUAAAACCUCUAUUGAUGGCGCCUGUCGAAUAUCGGAAUAUGCGGAAGACAGUUCCACAAUUUAGGAGCAACUACUGUAAAAGCUCGGUCACCCUUUGACUUUUUCUUAGAACGAGGGACUGCCAACAACAUUUGAUCUGUCGAUCUCGACGUCCUAGCCGAUGUAUAAAAUCCUAAAAGGUUAGUGAGAUAAAUCGGAGACAUGUUGUGAAGAGCUUUAAAAAAACAAUAAUAAAAUCUCAAAAUCAAUCCUAUACUGAACCGGCAGCCAAUGAAGAGACGAGUAAUGUGAUCCCUUUUUUUGUGCGAGUCAGAAGCCUGGCUGUGGCUUUCUGUACAAGCUGCAAACAUGAUAAUUGUCGCUGACUGAUCCCUGCAUUAAGGGGGUUUCAGUAAUCCAGUCUAGAGGUAAUAAAAGCAUGAACAACGAUCUCCAAAUCUUUAAAAGUAGGCAAGGGUUUUAACCUAGAAAUCAGUCUAAGUUGAUAAAAACUACUUUUUACAACAGAUUUGAUGUUUCUUAAAGGUGACUAACAUCAAAGUUGUCUAACAUACGACGACUUUAGCUUAGGAAACUAUUUCUAAUAACCAUAUAAAUAAAGUCAUGCACUUUUAAUGUAACAUACUUUCUUAAGAAAGUUUAAUUAAAAAGAAAGUUAAUAAAUGAAUUUAUUAAACAAAGUCACAAAAGAAGAUAUACAAAGAAUGGAGACAAACGUAACUCGCAGAAAUGUUGACCAACGUCUGACACGUGAUGGUAAUAGCAUUAAUGGCAUAAAGGCAGCCUCUGAUGUCAAAAGCCACUUCCUUGAUGUUACCAGCAAACUCUGUUACAAACCCCCCUUCUUUUAUACUCCUGAGCCUCUGAAAUGUUUAGUGACCAAGAUACUAAAUGGGAAUGACCCAAUGUGUUUUAUGGUAGGAUGGAACCCAGCUGCUUAGGAACUAUAUGUUAAUUAAGUUCCUGACAAUGAGUCAGUGGGAAGAAUGUCUCCCAUGCAAAUGUGUGUGUUUGUAUGUAU